AUGGCACGACCGCUGGAGACGCAGCUUGAUGUGGGCGACUCCAUUGAUAAUGAAGAUGACUUCUUGGCCCUUCUCAAGACCCCCAAGACUCCCAAUGUGACGCCGAAGAGUGCCACAGCCCGCGAUCAGGAGAGGUUGAGCAAAUAUUGGCCCAGUGCAGACACCCAGCUGCGGAAGAGCGUGGGUCAACGGCGUUUGUCCUUUGGGAGCACCGGUAGCGGCGGCUCUUGGGGUCGCUUCGAGCAAGACAAUUUCGAUAAGUGCUUGGAACUCCCUGCGGACCCCCUUGGCAUCAACAUUGCUGACACGGGACCCUGUGGCGUUGGGCGGGUAGUGCGUGAAGCUUGGGACAACCUGGCCCCAGAUUGCAAAAAGGCUGGGCAAAAGUUCGCAGCCGAGCUUCUGGAGUCUUCCGGCCCUCUUCGUGUCACGACUUUGUGCAGCGGAACAGACGGAGUCGUCUUUGCCACGAAGGAAGUGCUGGCCAAUCUCUUCAUGCUCAUGGUGGAGGCGAAUUGCGAGUUCGCUGGCGGGCGCUUGCAAGACUAUGACCUCUUGGCAGAAGAGGCUGUGAAGCAUGAGAUGAGUGUGGACAUCGACCCUCAUGUCCAGGAUUUCAUCAAGCUUUCUCAGGCAGUACCUAUUCUGGGAAGCGAUAUUGCCGACGCAGCUGACGUGGCCAUAUGGAACCUGCGCAAGGGCGAAUUCAGUGUUUGCCCAGAGUCCACCGUGUGCUUCUGCAGCUGGGUUGUUGGCCUUUGCGAUGACUUCGGCGGCGAGUCCAGCGACAGCCCUGACGGAGUUGGCGGUUCCACCAAUCAGGACGAGGUCAUGGCCAAGCUCCGAGAUUGCGGAUACGAAGUCCGUUGUGUGCAAGUCUGUCCAACACUGUGCGGUGUGCCGAUGACCAGGCAGCGGCUGCAUUACCAAGGAAUUCUCCGCAAGCAUCACACCAAUGCAUCGACCCUGAUGGAUGCCUUGGAAACACUUUGGCUGAGGAUCUUGAAUGGCAAGUACUCGCAGCCUUCCUUGCUGGAGUUCCUCGACCCAGACGAUGGCGAAGAUGGCUACGUGCGGGACAUGGCUGCUCAUUGGAGCAAUCAUAAGCCUCAGCUGAGAAACACUCAGAGACAGUGGCGGCGGCUUCACAAGCACUACAUGGAGUCCUCGCAGGCCAUCUAG